AUGACCCCACUGGUAAUUGAAAGCUGGAUCUGGUGGUCUCUUGUUAUUCUCAUUGCAAUCAGUAGAUUCAUCUCGAGAUGGCUGACGCUGGGCUCAACCGAUACCGCACGGAUACGCAUUCCAAGAUAUCAACUCGAUGACUACAUUAUGAUGGUUGUCCUGUGCUUCUACACGACAAAUAUUGUUGCUAUCAACAUAGUGAACGACCACGGCUCAAAUUUACUGCCGCCGGGCUUUGACGUCGCCUCCCUCACGCCAGAAGAUAUAGCCGAGCGGUCAUGGAGCAGCAAACUGGUGCUCGUGGUGGAGCAAACCCAGUGUGUGACCAUCUGGGGAGCAAAGCUAUGCCUGAUUAUCCUCUACCACCGGCUCACGCAGCUGCGCUGCGAGAACAUUGGCAUCAAAGUGCUUGCCGGCUACGUGAUCGGCAGCUUUGUCAUUAUGGAGAUCCUCUAUUUUGGAGUAUGGUGCCAGCCUUUCCACAACUACUGGGCUGUACCGACGCCAUCGCGACAGUGCGAUGCAGCUACCAAUCACCUGAUUACGAACGCGACUUUCAAUUUGAGCUCGGACCUGAUCAUGCUUGCGAUUGGGCUGCCAAUGUUCUUGCGGAUGAAACUACGGUGGAGGAAGAAGGUCCCCGUAGUGGGCGUCUUCAGCCUGGGAAUCUUUGUUGUCCUCGCUGCGAUCCUGAACAAGGUUUACAGCUUCUCACAGCCCUUCGGAUCCCUUUGGUCUUUCUGGUACGUCCGUGAGUCUUCCACGGCACUGUUGGUCGCCAAUCUGCCGUUCGUGUGGAAAUUCUUCGCCACUGUCACUGGGCUUCAGUCGUCAAAGGGAGGAACGCGAAGGGGAACUGCAGAGCUCGAUACAGCCAACAGCGAUAUCCAGCGGGAAAACAGUAUGCUCAGCCUUUCGGCAUUCUUGAACGAGUGGUCGGCCGAGGACUCCGAAAAGGUCGAUAAUCUUCAAAGGAUCAAUUCCCGCCAAGCGACGGGUUUGAGCUUGGGCGAAAUGUUGACCGAGAAUAAGGAGGAACGGCCAGAUGCUCACGAUUAUGCGUAUGGUCCUACGCCGCCAUCGAGUAGGGCAGUCGUGAAUGAUGGCACGGUGCACGAAACGAUCAGGCGCGAUUCGGAUCCCGAUCGACGGAGGAGCACUACGCCAGCCUCUUCGACGUUACCACCAUCCAUGCAAAGUAGCUGGACCGCAGGAUCCUUUGUGUAG